AUGUCGUCAGUAACGAUAGCGUUGGCUGUAGCGCUUUUGUCCUCAGCCAAUGCACUCACUGACCUCAAAACCGAUUGGGAAGCUUACGCCAGUGAGCUCACCAUUCCCGAGGUCAUUGACAUGACUAAAGGCGGCGCCAUCGACAUGCAGAUCGGCCGUUCGACUCACAACUGGACGGAGGACGGAUCCAUUGCCGGUGCCAUUUACGGUUACGCACUCAAGAACUCGACGCCAACGUCGCCUGGACCAACCAUUAAGGUUGCUAGAGAAGUACCGAUCAACAUCACCUGGUACAACGAGCUGGAAGCCCCACACCUCCUCCAAGAAAGCGUCCAGUACACGCUCACGCAACACGCAUCUGCAUGUUAUCCGUACUGCGGCGUACCGGUUGUCACACAUUCUGCAUCUACGAAAACGUACCACGAUCACUCGAACGGUCUCACCCGUCUCAACACGUGGGCAGGUCUCGUGGGCGCUUACAUCAUCAGUGACUCCGAGUUGGAGUCGUCACUCAACCUCAACAUCGAGACCGAUAUCCCGCUUAUUCUGACGGACCGUCUCAUCAGUAAUACCGGCAAGAUCAUGUAUUCAGACGACAACUGCAACGAAGGUGCCACCUUGUGGGUACCCGAGUCGUUCGGGUCGGUGAACCAGGUGAACGGUGUCGUGAUGCCGUACGUCAACGUACCACCUGCUCAGGUGCGCUUCCGCUUGGUGAAUGCCGCCAAUGCGCGUCACUACAGCUUAACGAUGCCGUUCGCGGACAAGUGCCAAGUGGUGGCCACAGACUCGGGAUUCGUUGGAGAGCCCAAGGCUCUGACUGCAGACCUUGUCAUUUUCCCGCUCGAGCGCGUGGAAUUUGUCUGUGACUUCAGUGGUGUAAAGAAUGGCACAAUGUACAACCUGGAGGACAAGCAGACGUCGGACCAGGCGACCCCGUAUGAUAACCGCGUGAAGGAGAUCCCAUCUUCCCUGACACCGUACAAGUCACUGAAGGAACUGUACGACGCAGGAGGAAAGGAACGCACCUUAAUUUUGGGUGAAACGGAGACGGAAGUACUGUGUCCUACCAUGAGUAUUCUACUGUACCGUUCGCAACAAGUGAACACAUCCGGCAUCACGGGGAAUCUGCACUAUGACCCGCACCCAUUCCACUGGCAUUUAAUCAGCGCGCAAUGUGGCGAGACUGAAGAAACGGUGAGCACGAACGAGCUCAAAGACGUCGUCGUCAUCCCAAAUGCCGGUGACCGUAAGCCAGAUACCAUUACACAGGUUUGCUACGUUGCUUGCACGCCGGGAGACUAUUUGCUUGAGGGUAGCACUCGUGCCCACUGUCACAUUCUUGAACACGAGGAGAAUGCCAUGAUGGCGUGGUUCAAUAUCCAGGACGUGGAUGAUGGCUACGCUGACGAUAACGGUAUCACACCCGGUACAGAAAUUACCGAUACGGUUAUUGCUACUGCCAUGGGCAUGAGUGUGUUGGGUGGGCUUGCAACGACACUGUCGGUGCUCGUGAUCUCCGUGAAGCGUCUGAAUUUCCUUGCAAGUCCCUUGGCUCUCUCUGUGGCGUUCGCGUUAUCGUCGGGUGUGAUGCUGUUUAUUGGCCUUGCGGAUCUGUUCGAAGAGGCAGUGACAUUCUACCGAGCUCAUUACACGACCGGCAACGCAGACCCAGAGGCGUACGAGAAGGGUGGAUCGGCUAGUACCGGAGUCUGCGAUAACACCUGCAACGGCAAUGCGUAUCUGACCGCCGUGGCGGCAUUCUUUGGCGGUGUGGUAAUCAUCUUGCUAGUGGAGUUCUUGGUACACUCCGUUUUCGAGAGAAAGAAAACUGCCGGCGAGAAGGCGAAUGCUGUAGACGUAGGUGAGAUUGAAGAAGGUGACAAGGCUGCGUUUGCUUCUCCGGUUCCUGAGAGCCCGGCUAACGGCAACCACAGUGAGCUUCAGAGCCCAGCAACAGCCGAAUCAUCCAAUCUGCUUGAGCAGAACGCCGGUCAGAAGGAGGAAUACCGCCGCGCUGGUGUCAUGACGGGCAUUGCCGUCGCCAUCCACAACUUCCCGGAGGGCUUAGCUCUCUUUGUGUCAUCGCUCUCUGGGCUUCGAUCGGGUAUCGUGCUCUCCAUCGGCAUCAUCCUGCACAACUUUCCGGAAGGUGUUGCUGUGGCCGCUCCUGUGUAUUAUGCAACGGGGAGUAAGAUGGAAGCCUUUAAGUGGACGGCACUGAGUGGAAUUGCGCAGCCUUUUGGCGCCGCCAUCGGCUGGGCAGCAGUGUCUGGUGGUAUGAGUUUUGCACUCGAGGCUUCACUGUACGGAAUUGUCGCCGGUAUGCUGGUGUGUAUCACAGUGAAGGAAUUGCUGCCAGGAGCCUACAGGUUCGAUCCAAGCGGCAAGGCGUUCGUGGUGGCGUUCUUUGGAGGUCUAGGCAUUAUAGCACUGAGCAUCAUGGCCUUGAAGUAUGCUGGUUCAAGCUAG